UCUCGUUUCCAGCUGUUGUCCCCUGACUUAUCUUUCCAUAUCCUCCCCCCCAAAACGGACAACCUGAAAAUACGCAGUGUCACCUUCCUGCCCACGCUCGGUCAGCUACCUUCUGAGUAACGGAUGGCGGGUUAAACGGUCGACAGACGAGCGAGCCCUCUUCGUCCAGCUCUGGUUAACAUCAACUUAUGGCCAGAACAAGGCCCAACCUUCACCGCCAGGACCCUCUUGAGGAUUCAUCCACUGGAGCCCCCGCCACUGCCGCCAGGAUUACUCGCUCAGCCGCGAGACUAGCUGCAGAACCCCCUCCGCCCGCCACCUCAGGUCCCUCUCCUGCGAUUCCCGCCGCUGGUUCGGCCCCAAGUCGGAAGCGUAAAGCCCACCCACGAAGCGAUCGGUCUGUGGAAGCCCCCGGACAGCCGAAUCCUCCGUCGCCCCCACGGAGAGCCAAGAAACAGCGGCGUGCAGCUUCCCCCCAACCGGCGGCCGCCUCUGCUCCUCCCCGCCGUGGUACCCGCAAUCGUACAGUUAUGUCCCAAUCCGGUUCAUCCUCACAUCCAACGGAGGAGCCCUCGAGGAACCAGCCGUCACCUCCGGCAUCCAGAAGAAAAUCGAGCAGAAAUGGGAAGGUGUCACAAGAUCGCUUUUCAGCUGCCCAAUCCCCUCCACCUCGACGUCAACAGAAAAAGCGUUCAUCGAGAAAUAAUCCAGAUGUCACCAUGAAAGAAGCGGAUGAGGACUUGGAAAGACGUGAACGGAGUGAGGAACGAGAGUCGUCUCCACCAAGUGAUAGCAACGAUGGAACCAAUCAUUCGGGCCUUGAUGAUGACGAUGGAGAUCUCUUUCACAAUAGCCUGUUUGGCUCGCGCAGCCCCCUGGGUCUUCAGAGCACCCUACGUGCGCUGUCUGGGAUGAUGACGGGCAUGUCAUCUCGCUUGCGAGAAAUCCUGUGCAAUCUCAGAGCGAAGGAUGAUCCAUCCAUCCAAUUAAUCGCUUUACAGGAGCUUUCAGAUCUCUUACUCGUAUCUAAUGAGGAUAAUCUUUCCGGCCAGUUCUCCCCCGAUCCCUACGUAAAGGAAUUGGUCUCGUUGAUGCAGCCGAAUGAAUUCGGCGAAGAAAACCCUGAAAUCAUGCUCCUCGCAUGUCGCUGCUUGGCGAACUUGAUGGAAGCACUUCGCGGCUCCGUAGCGAAUGUUGUCUACGGGGGUGCUGUGCCGAUUUUGUGUCAGAAGUUGCUGGACAUACAGUUUAUUGACCUGGCCGAACAAGCCUUGAGCACUUUGGCCAAAAUAUCUGUAGACUUUCCUGCCUCUAUUGUUCGGGAGGGGGGCUUGACUGCUUGUUUGACAUAUCUCGACUUCUUCCCGACGAGUACACAGCGUACGGCGGUGACCACGGCAGCAAAUUGCUGCCGUAACCUUCCACACGAUUCCUUUCCUGUGGUGCGGGAUGUAAUGCCCACACUCCUAAAUGUGCUGUCCAGCAAUGACCCAAAGGUGAUGGAGCAAGGCUGUUUGUGUGUCUCCCGAAUUGUGGAGAGUUUCAAGCAUAAGCCGGAGAAACUGGAGGAGCUUAUCGAACCCGCGAUGUUGAAGGCGAUACUCCGUCUGCUGUUGCCAGGUACCACCAAUCUAAUUGGCCCGCACAUUCACACCCAGUUCCUCCGCGUUCUAGCGAUAGUAUCCAAAGCCAGCCCCAGGCUGUCUGUAGAAUUAUUGAAGAUGAACGUGGUCGAUACUUUGUACCAAAUCUUGACUGGGGUAUCGCCGCCAGGAAACCUGGAAGAUACCACCGUUAAGAUGGACAGUGUGCUGGUGAUGCAAGCCUUGAUCCACCGACCUAGGGAGCAGGUCCUUGAAACGCUUAAUGUGAUUUGCGAGAUGCUCCCUGGCGUUCCUGGCCGACAUGUACCACAAACCGACGGAUGGCUUAAUAACCCCCUCGACAGCGAUCCGUCUCUUGGCUUGAAGUCGCCGAAGGCGAAAGAGGUAGCCGAAAAGAGACGCUCUCUACUGCGAGAAUGCAAAGGCGAGCUCAAGCGCUUUGCUAUGAUCCUGCUGCCAACAUUGACCGACGCCUACUCAAGCACCGUCAACCUAGAGGUCAGACAAAAGGUUCUCAUCGCUCAGCUUAAGAUGUUGCACCAUUUAGACGCCGGUCUGGUGGAGGAAGCUUUACGAUCUGUGCCAUACGCCUCGUUUCUGGCGGCAAUUUUAUCUCAGAAAGACCAUCCGUCGUUGGUCUCGUCAGCGCUGCGGUGCUCUGAACUUCUCUUUCAGCGCUUGGAACAUGUCUACCAGUGCCAAUUCCAUCGUGAAGGUGUCGUCUCGGAAAUUUUCAAGCUGGCGGAAGGACCUCUGUCGGAUGAGAAGCAGACCAAGCCUUCCUCUGAUUCAUCCGCUGCCAUGGACACCUCGAGCGAUUCGCGUCGGGAAGCCGAAGAUGUCGAUGGCCCGGGAGACGACGAUACUCAUGAUGACGACUACGAUGAGCACGAGGAUGAGCGGGACGAGAACGAUGAUAUGUCGGAAUCGGAUAGCUCUUCAGCAUCCGGCCAAGUGCUCUCCACGAGGAUAGACAACGCCAUGAAAGACCUCGUCGUCCGCGAUGCUCGGACGUUUGUUGAUCUCUAUGAAGCCGGCCAUGGGAAAGAUAUGCGAGAGAAAGCUAUAGAAGUCUUGGCCGAAUUACAAAAUCUCGCCUCGAAUCUAGAAGUCUGUUAUCGUUCAGACGCACGUGAGGACGGCCUUGGGCUUUUCCAAAAACUGGCCUCUUACUUCGACGGCGACGCACUCGAGAGUAUCACUAGCUCAGAAUUACUGAACUCGGGUAUCAUCAAGGUGUUGCUGGAUGUGUUUGGUGACUUUAACAGUUCCUCUAUGCGCAAGGCUCGUGCUGCUUUUCUACAGGCAUUCAUGGGAUCUACUAUCUCGGAGAAAGCCCAAAGCCAAAGCACUGCUACGACUCCAUUUAGUGUCCUGAUCCAGAAGUUGCAAGACUUGCUCAGCCGGACUGAGCAUUUCGAAGUGCUUACUGUCAGCCACAAUUCUUUGGAAAACACGCGGAGUAAUGCUGCACAUAUGCUCGGAAAACAGCUUAGGCUUAAGUUGGUGGCCGAUGAAGACUCUGAUAUCCCCCGCACGUAUCGAAGCAUAAUGGUGUCAAUCCACGCCAUUGCCACGUUCAAAGCCUUGGACGACUUCCUACAUCCACGAAUUAGUCUGUCAGAUCGGCCAAAACCAUCCCGCAGCAGAGAAUCUUUAUUCUCGCAGAUUGCUAAUGCCGCUCGACUUCGGGAUCAGCUCACCGGCAAUGGCGAGUUCCCUGGGAGCGAUAUCCCAUCUUUGCCACGACAGAGCACGAACAACGACAGAUCCUCCCAUCCAGAAGACUCGCAACCAAAUGCUCAGGAGUCAUCCAUCGAAGGUCAGGAACGUAGUUCGAGAUCCAGGCGUUCUGGCCGACACCAGCAAACUUCAGAAGACCCUGCCCAUGACGAUGAGCCUUUGGAGUGCGCGGAUGAGAGACACCUGAGUGAGGACGAAGAAGAAGAUGACGAUGGCGACGACGGAGAACUGAAUGCUAUUAUGGAUGAUCUAGACGAUGACCUCUCUGAGGACAAUGCUCCCGACCCGACGGCGGUGAAUAUGGAGGUAGCCUCCUCUGGUAAGGUAACUGCUCGGAAGGAAGAUGGAACACGUGUGGCCACUCCGUCUCAAUCCACCCCAGCUUCUAAAGCAUCGUCGUCUGCCUCUAGUGUGGCUCAAAAUCCCGCUGGAAACAACUCUCUUGCCACGGCCGGCCGUCCUUUCUCCUCCUACGCCGCUGCAAUGGCCUCUAUCCCUUCGGACUGGCAUCUGGAGUUUAGCGUGGAUGGCAACCCGAUUACUGGUGACACAACAAUAUACCGUGCUGUUCAUCACAACCGGCAAGAUUCAGACCCCAGCGGAAGACACGUGUGGUCUGCUGUCCAUACCGUUAAAUUCAGGCGCGUUCCGGGACCCCCUCCACCAGAGCCUACUGCCCUCACAACUAGUGUACCAGAGUCCGCUGCGAAGAACGCUAGCACCGAGAUGCCACCCUCACUCAGCCAAGAGACAACAACUGCGUCGAUACUCCAGCUACUUCGCCUUCUGCACGAAAUGAAUGCUACGCUGGAUGAUAUACUCACUGAAAGCAAGGAGCUGGUCGCACUUAAACCUGAAGCCCUUGCGCAGUUUAUUAAUACUAAAUUGACGGCCAAGCUUAACCGACAGUUAGAGGAACCCUUGAUCGUAGCGAGCAGUUGCCUUCCCAGCUGGAGCGAAGAUCUUGCUCGUCUCUUCCCUUUCCUGUUCCCAUUUGAGACACGCCAUUUGUUCCUCCAGUCGACUGCUUUUGGCUACUCGCGGGCGAUGAUGAGAUGGCACAAUUCGCAAAACGGCGACGAUGGUCGUAACGAUCAUCGACGCGAUGAUCGACCGUUCCUAGGCCGUCUCCAGCGACAAAAGGUGGAAUAUUUUGAAGAAGUUGGCACUGGAUUAGGCCCGACUCUGGAAUUCUACUCCACCGUUUCAAAAGAGUUCUCAAAGAAGAAGCUCAAGAUCUGGCGAGAAAACGAUUGCAACGAUGCCGAAGAGUUCGCUUUUGGCAAGCGAGGCCUGUUCCCUGCCCCUAUGAGCGAACAGUAUGCUUCUUCGGAGCCCGGGAAGAAACAGUUGCAUUUGUUUAAGGUCCUCGGUAAAUUUGUUGCUCGCUCGAUGCUCGACUCCAGGAUUAUCGAUGUCUCCUUCAAUCCUGCAUUCUUCCGGAUCGCUGAUAGCUCUUUCUCCGUGGCACCAUCGCUGGGUACGGUAAAGGCAGUCGAUCAAGACUUGGCAAAUUCAUUGCUUCUGUUGAAGCGCUUCGCCAAUGCGAAGGCAGCAGUCGAGAACAAGGGGCUUUCAGAGCCUCAGAAGAGGGAAGCCCUACUAAAUGUUGAAGUGGACGGUGUUAAGGUUGAAGAUCUGAGCCUCGACUUCACCCUACCCGGCUACCCAUCCAUCGAGUUGAUCGAAGAUGGUUCUGAUGUUCCGGUAACCAUCGAGAAUGUUGAUUUGUACGUUGAGCGGGUCGUGGAUAUGACUUUGAGUAGCGGUGUCCAGCGUCAAGUGGAAGCUUUCCGGGAGGGAUUUUCGCAGGUUUUCCCAUAUUCUGCUCUUCGGACCUUCACGCCUGCGGAACUUGUGAUGUUGUUCGGAAGAGCAGAAGAGGACUGGUCUAUUGAAACACUCAUGGAUUCCAUCAAAGCCGAUCAUGGCUUCAACAUGGAUAGUCGCAGUGUCAGGAAUUUGCUCCAAACGAUGAGUGAGCUGGAUGCACAGCAACGUCGGGACUUCCUUCAAUUUGUCACCGGUAGUCCCAAGCUCCCAAUUGGAGGCUUUAAGAGUCUCACCCCGAUCUUUACCGUUGUUUGUCGCCCCAGCGAACCGCCAUACACACCCGAUGACUAUCUCCCCAGCGUUAUGACGUGUGUAAAUUAUCUGAAGUUGCCGGACUACAGCAGCUUAGAUGUCCUUCGAACUCGACUGUCUGUUGCUAUCCAAGAAGGACAGGGAGCAUUCCACCUGUCUUAGUUUCUCUCCGUCCUGCAUCUUGCUAUCAAGUUACAGAUGGUUAGAGACCUUUCCAUCCGUCGCUCUUUAGCGGCAGCCACACAAGAAAGAAAAGGAAAACAAAUCAAAAAACGGUACAUUUGGUCCAUUGGUACAGUAUCUAGCAAAAUACCCUUACAUAUUGAUUAAGGGAGGUUAUAAUGACGGCAUGAGUGAAUCGAAUCUGUUUACAUCGGCCGGCUUUCUGCAUUCAAAGUCCAUUAUUUACUUAGUCGCAGGGUGUCGAUUCCGGACUUUGCGG